GUUGAGCUGGACGAGUCCAACUUUGCGGCCGAGGUCGGCGCAGUGCCCGGCCUCGCGGUCGUCGAGUUCUACGCGCCCUGGUGCCGCACGUGCCGCAGCGUCGCUCCCGUCUUUGCGCGAGAGGUGCGCCGGAUGGGCGCCGAAGCGCGGUACGAGCGGGUGCGCUUCUUCAAGGUCAACUUCAAGGAGAACCCGCGGCUGGCGAUGCGCGAGCGGGUCUUCGCGCUGCCGGCCGUGCACUUCUAC